AUGUUUUAUUGCGAAGAAGUUAAAGAGUUUUUUAAAGUUUGGGCAAAUAUUGAUGUUCCAGAUGGCUUAUCCAUUCAGGUUUGCUGGGAAUGCCUUGCUGCAGUAAGGUCUGCAUUCCGCUUCCGUGCUCAAAUUUUAUCUGCAUUUGAUGUCCUCAUUGAUUACUCGAGACAGCACACAUUCUUGAAUUCACCGAGUGAUCUGUCGAAACACGCGACCAGCCGACUCUCCGUCACUCCUCUGGACGUGGAGCCAUCGUUCCACCCGCUGAAGGAAGAAGAGCCUAUACACAUUGAUGUUGAUGUCAUAAAAAUCGAAGAGGAUGUUGGUAAAUACAGUACAAUUGAAAUCGAUUGUCAAAAGGAUAUAACAGCCCACGAUCAGGACGCGUCGGACGACGACAUCCAGCUGUCGAAACUAAAGGCAAAGAAGAAGAAAGGGAGAAAGAGUAAAAAGGAGAAGAAAGAGAAGAAGCAGAAAGAUAGUGUUGAGCAUAAGGAAGCGGAGCAGGCCCUCAAAAAGUCUAGGAAGCUGAAGAACCUACCGGAGGACCUGGUGGAGCUCUACGAAAUGACAGAGGAGGAGAUGUGGAGAAUGAGAGCGGAGGACGUUGCCAGGAAGGAGUUUGUGGCACUCAAGUACAAAUGCAACGAUUGCAUAAUUGGCUUCAACACUGAGAAGCUCAUGAAAUAUCAUAUGAAUGGGAAACAUGUUCCGAAGAGCGAGGCGAACGUCCAGUGCGACGUGUGCAAGGCGUACUUCGUGACGAGGGACAACGUGUCCGCGCACCGGGCGCUCCACCGCGCCGCGUACCGCUGCCGCGGCUGCGGCGCCUCCACCACGCUCAAGCACGCGAUGCGGAUGCACGCGUGCGCGCGCGGCUCCGCCCCGGCCCACGCCUGCGCCAUCUGCGACAGGGAGUUCAGCACGAAAUCGAAGCUGACGUACCAUCGGGGCGUGUGCCACCAAGAGCGGCCGCAGUGCGACUGCUGCGGGAAGGUGUUCGCCAACAAAAUGACCCUGAAAUACCAUCUGAAGAUACUGCCGCAGAACAAGCCGAAGGAGAAGCUGAACAUACCGUGCAAGGGCUGCGACAAAGUCUUCCACUCGAAGAAGAGCUACAGAGCCCACGUCGUGAUCCACAACGGGCUCUUGUACCCGUGCCCCAUCUACGGCAAGCUGUUCCACUGGAAGCGCAACCUCCUCCCCUCCCCACUUCAUCUAAGGAGCCCCCUUAUCUGCCACCCUAAAGCUUCCUCCCAAAGCCCCAAAAAAAGUGAAAAAAAUCCGCCCCAGCGUGAUCCACAACGGAAUCACGUACCCGUGCCCCAUCUGCGCCCCAAAAAAAGUGAAAAAAAUCCGCCCCAGCGUGAUCCACAACGGGCUCACGUACCCGUGCCCCAUCUGCGGCAAGCUGUUCCACUGGAAGCGCAACCUCCCCCACCCCACUUCAUCCUAAGGAGCCCACUUAUCUGCCACCCUAAAGCUUCCUCCCAAAGCCCCAAAAAAAGUGAAAAAAAUCCGCCCCAGCAUGAUCCACAACGGACUCACGUACCCGUGCCCCAUCUACGGCAAGCUGUUCCACUGGAAGCGCAUCCGCCCCACCCCCACUUCAUUCUAAGGAGCCUAGGUUUCCAGCCCCUAAAUCUCCUCCCAAAAAAAAAAAAAACAAUCCGCCCCAGCGUGAUCACAACGGGCUCACGUACCCGUGCCCCAUCUGCGGCAAGCUGUUCCACUGAAGCGCAACCUCCGCCCCACCCCCACUUCAUUCUAAGCGUGAUCCACAACGGGCUCACGUACCCGUGCCCCAUCUGCGGCAAGCUGUUCCACUGGAAGCGCAACCUCCCCCCCACCCCACUUCAUUCUAAGGAGCCCACCGUGAUCCACAACGGGCUCACGUACCCGUGCCCCAUCUGCGGCAAGCUGUUCCACUGGAAGCGCAACCUCCCCCCACCCCACUUCAUUCUAAGGAGCCUAGGAGCCCACGUAUCAGCCACCCUAAAGCUUCCUCCCAAAGCCCCAAAAAAAACUAAAACAAUCCGCCCCAGCGUGAUCCACAACGGGCUCACGUACCCGUGCCCCAUCUGCGGCAAGCUCGUGAUCCACAACGGGCUCACGUACCCGUGCCCCAUCUGCGGCAAGCUGUUCCACUGGAAGCGCAACCUCCCCCCCACCCCACUUCAUUCUAAGGAGCCCACCGUGAUCCACAACGGGCUCACGUACCCGUGCCCCAUCUGCGGCAAGCUGUUCCACUGGAAGCGCAACCUCGCCCGCCACACGCGCAACCACCGCGAGCGCGACGCGGGCGCGCUGCACCAGUGCCGCGACUGCGGCAAGAGCUUCUCCAGCCGCGACUGCUACAACAACCACAUGCGCCUCAGCAAGCGGCACGUGUCCGAGGACGCGUACGUGCACGCGUGUAACUACUGCGGCAAGAAAUUCGCCACAAAGUGGUGCAUGGUGGACCACAUCGACUGGGACCACCUGAAGCUGAUCAAGUACCAGUGCAAUGUCUGCUUCGUC